CCUUACGACUUAGGUAUUUAAACCAGCUACAAAUGGCACACUAAUUACAGGUCUGACUUUACCUAGAAGGCUCAGCAUGAUGAACUUCCAACUAUUUUUCUUGGUGGUUGCCACAACUCUAGUCUCAUCACUAGGGUCACCAACCUCCAACACUUCUCUGUCUGUUGAUACCUCCCCAGUGCAAUUCUGUGAUAGAGACUACUCGUGCGCAGACUGUUCCACGGUGCGAGUCUGCGCUCCAACGUCAGACGGACAACAUCUUCAGGAGAUAGCUAAAUUCUAUUGCCCCUCGUCAAAUCCUUACUGCAACUCCGCCACUGGAACCUGCAGUUCCACUCCAGACACUUCUUGUGUCCAACCAAACACGACCGUUGCCACAAACUUCACCUGCAUGCGAGACGGCUACUUCCCUGACCCCGUCAACUGUUCUUUGUACUACAAUUGUCAAGGCGAAGUCGCGUACCAAUACACAUGCCUGUACCCGACCCCUUACUACCAUCCUGGCCAGAAAUUGUGUGUUACUAGCAGUACUUACUGUACUUCAAACACUGCGGGGUACAACUGUAAAUAUUACAGUUCCUAUCAAGGGAUGAAAGUAGCUGUCGGGUAUACGAGGAACUAUUUCAUAUACUGUAGCAGUCAAGGAACGAUAGUGGCUGUUGAUCGGUGCAUUGGAGAAUAUCACUUUUCGACAAGCGCACAAGAUUGUAAAUUUGUCUGUCCAAAUGCAGGGUUGUUUCUCAAGAAGGACGUAGACUGUGCUAACUACUACAAGUGUGCUCCAACAGUUGAAGGUGGACUUGACUUGAUCAACAUGACAUGUCCGACCGGCCAAGGCUACUCUGAGUUCGACUACAGCUGCAUCGAUCGUUCCCUAGUCCCUAACUGUAACGUUCCUUAUCCUGAUUUGAUGAAUAAAUAGAUUAUUCGCUGUAAUGGUAAUGGCUAUACAAAACUCUAAUUGUAAUAUCAUUUACUUAAUCUUACUAAAAGAAUAAACUGUAUUAACUAUAAAA